AUCUAUGACUGGAUGGACAUGCUGGUGGAUGAUCAUCCCAGCCUUGUUAGCAAGAUCCAGAUCGGGCAGAGCUACGAGAACAGAUCCCUGUACCUGCUGAAGUACCUGCCGGCACUGGCCGCCGACUGGCUGCAGGGACCCUACCUCUACAAACUCUACCAGCACUACCGCUUCCUGGAGGGCCAGAUCGCCAUCCUCUACGUCUGCGGGUUCGCCUCCAGCGUCCUUUUCGGGUUGGUUUCUUCUUCUUUAGUCGAUCGCUUGGGUCGGAAGAAAUCCUGUGUCCUUUUUUCCUUGACCUAUUCGGUUUGUUGUUUGGUCAAACUCUCCCGGGAUUAUCUGGUGCUGGCGGUGGGGAGGGUUUUAGGGGGGUUGUCGACGGCGUUGCUCUUCUCCGCCUUCGAGGCGUGGUAUGUCCACGAGCACGUGGAGCGAUACGAUUUUCCGGCCGAGUGGAUCGCCGUCACCUUUUCCCGAGCGGCUUUUUGGAACAACGUCAUCGCCGUGGGGGCCGGGGCGACGGCCGAUUUCUUCGCCGAGUGGUUGGGGUUGGGCCCGGUGGCCCCGUUCAUGGUCUCCAUCCCCCUCCUGGUGCUGUCGGGGGUCUUUGCCGUGAAAAAUUGGGACGAGAACUAUGGGAAGAAACGAGCUUUCUCCAAAACCUGCGGCGACGGUUUGAAAUGCCUCCUCUCCGACCGACGCGUCCUUCUCCUGGGCGCCAUCCAGGCUCUGUUUGAAAGCGUCGUCUACAUCUUCAUCUUCCUCUGGACGCCCGUCCUAGAUCCCCACGGCGCUCCCCUGGGCGUCGUCUUCUCCGGCUUCAUGGCCGCCAGCAUGCUGGGCUCCUCGCUCUACCGCCUGGCCAUCUCCAAGCGGUACCACCUCCAGCCCGUCCACCUCCUCGCCCUCGCUGUCCUCCUCGUUUUCUUCUCCCUCUUCAUGCUCACCUUCUCCACCAGCCCCGGGCAGGAGAGCCCUGCUGAGCCCUUCCUCGCCUUCCUCCUCAUCGAACUCGCCUGCGGGCUCUACUUCCCAGCCAUGGGUUUCCUCCGACGGAAAGUGGUGCCAGAGAAGGAUCGCCUGGGGGUGAUGAACUGGUUUCGCCUCCCCCUGAACUUACUGGCCUGUCUGGGUUUACUGGUUCUGCACGACAGCGACCGUCAGACGGGCACCAGGAGCAUGUUCGGCGUCUGGGCCUCGGAGCGGUUCCUCGGGGUGCUGGCUGAGAGCUGCCAGUUCGUCGUCUACUCCCUCGGCGAGUACGCCAAGAGGAGCAAGCAGCAGCCCUUCAGCCAGGAAGACGUGCUCGGCCUCUGUGCCUUCACCGAGGAGCACUGCCGCGUCCUCCACCGGCUGCUGGAGAGGGCGGCAGGCUGGCCGGGUCUGGAGCAGCUGAUGGCGGGCUGCAGGAGGAGCAUGGCGUGGAUGCUGGGGGGGCUGGACGGGCUCCCUGAGAGCGAGCGAGCCAAGUACCUCGACGUCACCGCAUCGUGUGCGUUCAAGCUGGCCUACAUCUUCUACAGCCAGAACCUCCACGAGGAGGCCAGCUCCGUCUGCCAGCUCUUCUGCAAGAGGCUGCAGACAGCAGAUGCCUACGCGUGUCCAGAGAUACCCCCAGAGAGGGUAAGCGCUUGCCUGAUGCUUCUGGCGGAAACGGGGGCGCUGAAGCCGGUUCUCUGUGCUCUCCCUGCAGCUGGGGGGCGGGCCGCGCGGCGGGGCCGGGUCGGGGAGCUGCUGGCAGAGCCCGUCUCCCUCUGGGUCAGGGUCAAAACGGAUGCUGCGAAGCAGGGAGCCGAGGAGUUACGGUUACGGACCCUGAAGGAAGGCUUGGAGGGGCACAGCCUGGACACGGAGACCUUGGUGACCAUCCUCUUUGCGGAGUUGAAGGCCUACAAGACGGUCCGAGCUGACACAGGGCAGGAACGCUACAACGUCCUAUGUGACCUGCUGGAGAUCUGCUCAGAGGAGAGCGGCCGCCUGCACCAGCGAGCUGUCUGCUCGACGGAGCUGGCCCAGGUCUUGUGCUACCACAGCUACGCCCAGCAGACGGACUGCUCCUCCCUGGACUCGGUCCGUGAAGCCUUGCGGCUGCUGGAGUUGGUGCCCAGGACGGCCCAGAACCGGGACCAGCUCCUCGAUGACCGGGCGCAGGCUCUGCUCUGGCUCUACAUCUGCACCCUGGAGUCCAGGCUGGAGAAGGGGGAGAGGGACCAGAGAGCCAAAGCUCAGGGGCUGAAGAACCUGGAUGACUUUGAGCCAAACGACCUCAACUACGAAGGCAGGCUGCUGGAGGACAGGUUCCUGUACGACGGUAUCUCCUUCAACCUGGCGACAGAAACUGGUGAGGGGAGAGUCUAUGGGGGGCUUAUAGGAACCCUGUGGGACCCCCGUGCGGUGCCCUCAGCUUUGUCCAAAAGCCUGGACGACGCCUUCGCCUUGUGGAAGCAGCUCCUGGCGUCGCCGGGCGUCCCGGCCGUGCGCAGCCCCGAGCAGACUGUAGCCUCCCUGCACCUCCUGGCAGCUCUCUACAAACUGAUGGCCAAGCCCUUGCAAGCCAUGGAGAGCUACCUCCUGGUCAGAGGCCUGUGCAGUGCGCUCGGGGACAGCCUGGGCACGGCCAGUGCCCUGUGCCAGGUCACCAAGCUGCUCUUCCAGCUGGAGUGCCCCAGCUACGCCCAGCUUUUCCUGCAGGAGAUGGAGUCCUGCCUGCAGAAAGCCGACAGCAGCGAGGAUUCCUACCUGCUGCUGCAGCAAACCUGCCUCCUGCUCCGCAGCCAGCUGUGCUGCAUCAGCCGCCAGAUUGAAGAGGGUCUCACCCUGUUGCUGGAGGUGCUCCAGAACUCGGCUCUGCAAAAAAUCACCAAGGUCUGGUACCUGCUGCGAGCCCAUGUCCUUCAGCUGGUGGCCAUCUCCCCCAGCCUGCCCCGUGCCCGCCUCUCGCUGGAGCUCCGGCAGCAGAUCUUUGUGCGAGGUGAGUUGCCAGGGGAUAGGGGAAUUUGGGGGAGCCACUCUGUGCUGGGGCCGGGGGGGGGGGCCACCCUCCGGCUGAUGGGCAGCAGCUUGCUGGGCUGUCAGACAACGGCAUCCGACGCCCAGUUUGUGGAUUACGGGGACAACCUGCUGCUGAAGUGGCAAGUGCUGGAAAACAUGCUGGCCUGCUCGGAGCACCUGGUGGCUCUCCUCAGCAGGCUGGAGGUGGUGUGUAAAGCCAAAGCCUUCUGCUUGGAGGCCGUCAAGCUGGCCAUGAAACUGCAAGCCACGCGGUGGUGUACGUCCUUCCUGGUGCUGAAGGCCCAGCUGGAGCUGCAGCAGCGUGAGCUGGAGCUGAGCCACUUUGACCUGCAGCAGGCUCUCUUCCUCUUGGAGUCUGACACCGAGUUUAAAGCCAGCAAGAAGCAGAAAGGCCAGACGAAGAUCCUGCCCAGGAAGGGCAAACUCGAGGGCAAGAAGCCACAGGACCCCGUCUCUGAGCCCCCCAGGGAAGAGGAGGGUUUCCUGAAGGGCCCUGCGCUGGAGUUUGUGGCCACGGUGAGCGGGCUGGAGAAGACAGAUGCUCUCACCGGCUCACCGGUGCUGAAGCCUGAGAGGAGGAAGAGACUGGCCUUCCUCACCCACCUGGCAGCCUGCCCGUGCCACCUCUGCUCCGACCUGGCCCUCUCGGCGCUCUGCCUGCGCUGGCUCCUCUCCAGUGCCCAGGGCGAGCUGGCAGCAGGCAGCACGGCCGAGGGACUGGCUCUGAUCCGUGCCGUGCUGCCACGCUGUGCUGCCGUGGCCACCCGCUUCGCCACCGUGCUGCGAGACAAGCUGUGGGGGGGCUGGGGCACCCGCCGAGCAGGGGCUGUGGAGGAGAAGAGGGAGCGGAUGACCCGCAGGGCUCCCAGCAAGAGAGCCGAGGAGGAGCGGGAGCUUCUGAGGGCCGCUGAGGAAGAGGAGAAGGUGGAGGAAGAGCUUGAGGUCAGCAUUGAGGUCCUGCGGGUCUCCGAGGAAGAGGAGGGAGCCCCAGAUGUCUCCUCGCUGGACACGGUCCUCGAGUUCCUGAAAGAAGCUUUCAGCUCCAUCAGCCACUGCCCUCCCGGCACGCUCUACAGCCAGCUCUGCCAGCUCCUGGCUCUGGCCACGGGGAGCCAGGACCCCCUCUCCACCGCCUACCUGCUCUCCGAGUCGGUCUCCAUCACCACGCGCCAUCAGCUGCUCAGCAUCCUCCACAGGAAGCUCCACAAAGAGAAGAAGUCAGCAGGGGACGUGGCUGAGCAGCUCCGUGGGCUCUCCUUGCAGGAGGGGAGCACCGCCCAGCGCAGCCAGCACCUCGCCGAGCUCGAGAGACUCUUCAUGUUCAGCUCUGCAGGGCUGGGGCCCGAGGUGCGGGACGGCUUCCGGACGCAGCUGCAGCAGAUCCCCAGCGGGGUGACCGUGUGCGUGCUGCCCCUCGCCGGCGUCCAGCCUGGCUGCGUCGGGGACACGCUGCUGCUGACGUCGGCUGAGCCCCGGAAGGCUCAGCUGCUGUUGCAGGAGGCGGGGGAGAAGCGGAGAGCCUGCGCCAAGCAGACCGGCGGCUCCCUCGUCCUGGUUCUGGAUAAACACCUGCAGAAGCUGCCCUGGGAGAGCAUGGCGUGCCUGAAGGCUGUGCCCGUAACCAGGCUCCCUUCCCUGCGCUUCCUGCUCAGCUACUCCCUGGCGCAGAAGCGGGCAGGGUCUGUGCUGAGCCACGGCGUGAACCCCAGCAGCACCUUCUACGUCCUCAACCCGCACAGCAACCUCCUGGGCACCGAGGAGCGAUUUCGGGGCUGGUUCGAGAGUGAGCCCGGCUGGAGGGGGGUGACAGGAGCCGUCCCGAGCCCCAAGCAGAUGCAGGCAGCCCUCCCGGCGCCCG